UUUUGUCUUUCAAAUGGGGCUUUCUUGGGUUUCCUGAUUCUUCUUUUUCUUUUUUGUUUGACUUCCUUUUUCAUUUCGAUUUCCUUUUUGUUUUCUUUCUUUAUUUUUUCUUUUUGUUCUUUCUUUUUGCUUUUUUGGUUUCUUCUUUCUGUAGGUAGACCCUUUCCGAUUUCAUGUUGCGUUGGUUGCACCUACCAUGGCUACUGAUCCUUUUGCUUUUGGCUUUUUGCCGAUUUUGGCUUCUGCUGAUGGCAUGGAUGGGAAGUUUGAUGUGAAAGGUGCUUCACGCCAUGUGGAGAGGGAUCUUGUGAUUCCUUCUAUUCUUAAAGGUUCCUUUGGUUUCUUCUUCGAACGGUGGAAGGGUUGUUCUCCCUUUAGGCUCGGCAAAGGUUUUUCCUCCUCAGUAUCCCAUGCAUGCACAGCAUUUCAAUGCCUUCUUUUUGAUAUGUGUGUCUACAAGGCUCAAUUUGCAUGCGGGUUGCGUUUUCUUUUGCAUCCUUUUAUCCUUAAAAUCUGUGAUGGAUUUUCCAUUAGUCUACCCCAAUUGGCUCCUCAUGCUAUUGUUGAUUUGUUUAGGAUGCGGGAGAGAAGUAAGGAUUUGUUGAACCUCUGUGAAUUCUGCUUUGGAGAGCUUGGGUUACUUCAAUCUUGCCGUCAAGCUCAUCAAGAUGUUGCUGUGGAGGCUUAUGUUGAUCCAAAGUUGGAGAAAGUUUAUGAUUAAGGUCCAUCGUAUGUUCAGCUAGCUUUUACUGGGUAUUUAUGUACGCCCAAACUUGCUCGCAGCUUUCUCACAGCUUUUGCUUACGUAACUUUUGUUUGGGUAUUUAUAUACACCCAAACUUGGUCAGAGUUUUUGCUUGUGUAACUUUUGCUUGGGUAUUUAAUGUACACCCAAACUUGCUCACAGCUUUUUGCUUGUGUAACUUUUGCUUGGGUAUUUAAUGUACACCCAAACUUGCUCACAGCUUUUUGCUUGUGUAAUUUUUGCUUGGGUAUUUAAUGUACACACAAACUUGCUCACAGCUUUUACUUGU